AUGAAUACCACAACCAACCAAACCCAAUUCCCACCAACCCAAAUCUCUCGAACCCCACCAAUAGCCAAUCUCAACCUCAAUGCUCGUACAGAAGUUUUAAGUCAAUUCUCAGCCAACCUCGACCCAAACGUAAAUGCAAUCCCCUUACCAAUGGAAUUACAAGUUGGAUUAUCACCUCAAGAAUGGGACCAACGUUCAAAAGACCUCUACAAUCACUUCUCUAAGUUUGUUUGGAGUAAACUUUUGAGGAUUUAUUUGAUUUUUUCUAUUCUCUUUACUAUGCUUGGACCUGUGAUUGUCAAUGUGGUGGUUAACAAGAUUUUUUUCGAUGGGGUUGCUCCUUUAAGACUGGAUUCAUCACCUGAAGAAAUUACUGAAAGGUUAUCACUCUUAAGAAAAGCUCAUAUUGUUAACUUUGCUAUUUCUAUCUUGGUAGUUUUAUUGAUUUGGGUACCUUAUUAUUCAAUCAAACUUAUGGGACGAAAUAAAUUAAGAGCUCUGUUAGGAAACUUCAAUAACCAAGACGCAGCUAAAGGUAAUAUGUCAGCAUUGGUUUGGUCAUGUCCCAGAACUUCAACUCUUCAAGGAAAUGCCACCGUAUCAAUCCAACUACCAAUCUCAUUAUUAGCCGCAAGACAACCUACGUUGUUUUCAAAUGGAGCUUAUUUACCUCCUUAUUUACAAAAAGAACCUACAAUGAUGAACACUCAAGCUGCUCCUGCAUAUGAAUAUCCUCCUGCUGAAAGAAAAUAG